AUGAAAUAUACUUUUGCUACUAAUCAUUCAAAUAAUACGCUAUUUACGAAUACAUUUUCUAAACAGAAAUUUCCAUCAAGAAAAACCAUCAACAAUCAAAGUCAAGUCUACGUAUUCGGUCAUCGUAAUCCUGAUACAGAUGCUAUUACUAGUGCAUUGGUCUAUGCAGACUUUCUUCGUCGUAAGAAAAUCAAUGCUAAAGCUUAUCGACUUGGUGAUCUUAAUAAUGAGACGAAAUUUGUACUUAAAAGAGCUGGUAUGAAACCACCUGAUAUGUUACCAAGUUAUUUAGCUGCUGGAACUGCAGUUGCUUUAGUAGAUCAUAAUGAAAGUCAACAAUCAAUGGAAAAUUUAAAAAUGAUGCGUGUAACAUAUGUAGUUGAUCAUCAUAGAUUGGGCGAUUUAACAACAUUAGAACCUAUUUAUCUACGUUUCGAACCAGUUGGAUGUACAGCAACAAUUUUGACAAAAUUGUAUCGUGAAAAUAAAUUUCGUAUCAAUCAGAAUAUAGCAUUACUUCUUGUCAGUGCUAUUCUCAGUGAUACACUUCAUUUUCGAUCUCCGACAACAACGGAUGAUGAUCGGCUAAUGGUAACUUAUCUUUUGCCUAUCGCUAAAAUUGAUAAUGUUGAAUCGUAUGCUAAUCAAAUGUUUGCUGCCAAAAGUGAUUUGAAUAGUUAUACGAUGCGAGAAAUACUUUUUCUCGAUUAUAAAACUUUUAUAUUUAAAAAUCAACUAUGGGGUGUAGGCGUAGUAGAAACAUUUUAUCCAAAUAAUACACUUACACGUAAAGAUGAAUUAUUUGAAGCAAUGAUUGAUGAAAAGAAAAGAAGUAAUUUAACUGGUAUUCUCUUUUCGGUAAUCGAUAUUGUGAAUCUACGAAAUUAUAUGAUAAUUCUCGGCGAAAUAGAAAAAUUUAUUAUUCAAAAAGCAUUUAAUGUCAAUGUUCAAGAUAGAAUUGCCGAUUUAGGCUCAAGAAUCAGUCGAAAAAAAGAUAUUGUUCCUUCACUUGAACGCUAUUUUAAGAACAGUAAUUAA